AUGAAGCUCACAGCAUUGAAGGGAUCCUCCUCCAAAAUUGCAGUUACCAUCAUUCGCGAGGGAUUAUUGACAAAAUGUUCUCCGCUACCCCCUCCUUACUGGACGAGUGCCCAAUUUUAUGUUGUUUAUGUGAACUGUCUUUUGAAAAAUGAAAGUUCCAAGCAAGAACAAUGGAAGAUUGAAAAGGUCAAUCAAUGCAAAGCAGAAAGAUGGGAGACAUCACUGUUUGGGAAAGAAGGUAGUAUUUCAGUUCUCCACAAUUUGCAAGUGCGAUUCAUAGAGCGGGAAGCCAUCUACACCUAUUGCGGUAUUGUCCUCGUAGCCAUCAAUCCCUACGCCGACUGUCCAUACUUGUACGGUGAAGAAGUCAUUCAGGUCUACCGAGGUGUUGGAAAGCAAGUACGAGAAUUGGAUCCGCACAUAUACGCUGUGGCAGAGGAAGCAUUCUUUGAUUUGGCCGAAUUCAAGAAAUGUCAAUCCAUAAUCGUUAGUGGCGAAUCGGGAGCGGGAAAAACAGUGUCGGCGAAGUUUGUUAUGAAAUACUUCGCAUCUAUUGCUGGCCAUCGUGAUGGUUCUGCUGGCGUCGAAGACAGGGUACUCGCGACAAACCCGAUCAUGGAGGCCAUUGGUAAUGCCAAGACGAUCAGGCAAGUUUCCAGGAAUGACAACUCGUCUCGAUUUGGCAAGUUCAUCCAAAUUAAUUUUGAUGACAAGUUUACGAUAUCUGGAGCGGAAAUAAAAACCUACUUGCUCGAAAAAAGUCGGCUUGUUUUUCAGGCGCGUCAGGAGCGAAACUACCACAUUUUUUACCAGCUUUGUGCGGCUCGUGAUCAUCCACUGCUGCAGGAUUUUGCUCUCGGACCCAGUGACGUCUAUUGGUACACUGCGCAAGGCGGAGAUAGCAGAAUUCCUGGUGUUAACGAUAGGGAGGAUUUUGAAGAAACCGUGAAGGCUCUUGAUUUGCUCGGCUUUGACAGCGAGAAGCAGAGAUCCGUGUUUCGGAUACUUAAAGGUAUUCUGCUUCUUGGCAACAUAGAAUUCAGAGGCGAGGGAGACAGUUCCACAAUCUCGCCGAUGAACGCUGCUGAGAUUUCGCAGCUAUGUGCAGACUACAAAAUCGACGAAGCGCAGCUGCGGCUCUGGCUCACUGUACGAGAGAUCCGCGCGGCAGGAGAAACUGUCAGGAAAGGUCUUCAACCGCGUGAGGCUGUUCGAUCGCGUGAUGCCUUUGCUAAGUUACUCUAUGCGCAGUUGUUCUCAUGGUUCGUUCGUCACUUCAAUGACACCCUUAUGGAGAAGGAGAGGAAGAUUUCGCGCUAUAAGAGUUUUAUAGGAGUGCUUGAUAUCUAC